AUGCCUCCUGGAGGGAGUCCCAGCCCUCCAGGCAACUACCCAACCGGUGGCCCCCCUCUCCCCCCUACUGACCCUGCUGCCUCAGGGGCCAUAGUAGAGCAGAUCAAGCUGUCCAUACGGGACGCUGUGGGUCGAUGGUCUGCCAAUAGUGGUGGGGAAGGGAUCCCUAUAGGAGUCCUCGAGACGGAUCCUACUGUUGGGACUAUGCUACCUAGAAUGGGAAUGAGGUUACAGAGAUUCAUCCAAGUCCACUGCCACAAUGACUUCAAAGUCUCGAUGGACGGCCGAGUAGGACUGGCAACAACGACCGCCCCGAUGCCCUACCAACAGACAAUGUCUACGGGUGUCCAGCAACAGCAGCAGCCGCAGCCUUCCCCCGCGCCAUCUGAGAUGGUCCAAGGCGGGCCUUUUGCUUCUCGUAGGCCCCCUGGGGCUCUGUACCGGCCGGCCAUGCUAGCUGCCCCCUACAGCCCUCCAUUGGUGCAUCAUAGGAAGGGUGGUGGUGUAGGAAAGGGUGGCAAGGGUGCCCUUGGGCCUAUGGGCAUGUCCCCGUCCUUCCACGCAGCGGCAGCAGCAGCGGCAGCGGCGGCAGCGGCAGGGUUUGGGUCGCCCUUGGGAGGGCUGCCUCAAUCGGCGUUAGGAGCAGUGAGGGCAGGCAUGUCGCCUUGGGCAGCGGCAGCAGCAGCGGCCCAACAUAUGCAUAUGGGGAUGUUCGCAGCCCCCCAUCAGGGCCCCCCACCGGAGCUGCCGGAGCCCCCGCUGUUUGUGAGGGUAAAUCCCUCGGCGGCUGAGAGCCCUGUGAGGGCACUGCAAAGCGCGUUGGCACAUCUGUCGGGAAUGCCGAGAUCAUCGAGAACGAUGGCCGCGUUGUUGACGCUUGUUGCGGAGGAGAAUCAGAAUGCUGAUAGAAGUGGAAAUCCGAUUUCGAGCGAUGUGAAGAGGCUGAUUGAAUCGCAUCCAGCGGUGCGGAAAACGGUGGAGUCGAUUUUGCUGCCACUUGUGCAUUUUCAACUGCAGCAAGCUGGGCAUGCAGUGCCACCCGCGCCCGCCACGGCGAUCGAUUUGGUGAAGGUAUUGAGGGCCGUUGAUGGCGAUGGGGCCGACGAUGUUGGUGAGGAGAAGUUACCGCCGUUACCGCGGAUAAAAUUGCGGGGGAAGGACAAGGCUUUUAUUCAGUUCGUGCAGGCGGCUACAUUGAUCAAGAAUGCUACGGGCGGAGCGAUGCUGCAAGAUCGAGAUGCAUAUGAGAUGAUUCGAGCAGUGGUGGAGAGUAGGGAUAGUGGUGACACGUGGGAUGCCGGGGAGAAGUACCGUCACCAUCGACGACGAUGA